UCUUCCACAUUCUUCCACGAAAGGAGCUAAUAUUGAGAAAAUAUAUUUAAAGCCAUUUAAAAUAUAGCCAGAGUUUUGUUCAAUAUACUUUCAUAUAUUUGGUAUAUUUGUCAUAUCUUUACGCUGGCAUGGCACAGUAUCUAGAUUCCGAGGCGGAUGUGAGCGAGGGAGAGGAGGAACUAGAUCAAAAUGAGAAGAAGAAGCUGAAAAAGCUAAAAGCGAUGGAGGAGAGCGAUGAUGAAGAAGAAGAUGAUGAGGAUCAAUUACGUGAAGAAUUGAAAGAUUUGAUAGAUGACAAUCCUAUAGAAGAAAGUGAGGGUGACGACAGUGAUGGCUCAAAUCAUCAUAAAAAGCGUAAACAAAGUGAUGAUGAGGAUUUUGAUGAUCGCUUAGAAGAUGAAGAUUAUGAUUUAAUCGAAGAAAAUUUAGGUGUUAGACUUGAGAGGAAACGUUUUAAACGUCUUCGAAGGAUUCAAGAUGAAGAAUCAGAGGAAGAGCAAGAAAAGGAAGCGGAUGAUGAAAGAGAUGCCAUUGCCAAUGAAUUAUUUGAAGGUUCUGGAGAUGAGGAUGAAAGACGAAGCGAACGUAGUCACAGACCGGAAGCAGAAACAUUUGAAGAAGGCAGUGAUGAAGGGGAAUACACUGAUGCAGAUGAUUUUAUUGUUGAUGAUGAUGGCAGACCUAUUGCAGAGAAAAGGAAGAAGAAGAAGCCAAUAUUUUCUGACGCAGCGUUGCAGGAAGCACAAGAUAUUUUCGGCGUUGAUUUCGACUAUGACGAAUUCGGUAAGUAUGGCGAGGAGGAUUAUGAGGAGGAGGAAGAGGAAGAAGAGGAGGAUGAAUAUUUAGAUGAAGAUGUUGACGCCGAACGGCCUCGACGACCUAAAAAGCAGCUGAAGAAAAAGACGACGAGAAAAAGUAUCUUUGAGAUUUAUGAGCCCAGCGAAUUGAAACGCGGUCACUUUACCGAUAUGGAUAACGAGAUACGUAAUACAGAUAUACCAGAAAGAAUGCAACUGCGAUCUGUACCGGUCACAUCGGUUCCAGAAGGCUCUGACGAACUCGAUCUCGAGGCAGAGUGGAUUUAUAAGCAAGCAUUUUGCAAACCCACAAUCUCGAUUCAAGAUGCUCAUUUGAACGCCGAGGCUAAGGAACGGGCACGAAAAGGACCACAGACAAUCGGCAAGAUCAAGAAAGCCUUAGACUUCAUGCGCAAUCAACAUUUCGAAGUCCCUUUUAUAUCCUUCUAUAGGAAGGAGUAUGUGUUACCCGAGCUAAACAUCAAUGAUUUGUGGAAAGUAUACAAGUUUGAUGCAAAAUGGUGUCAACUGCGUCAGCGGAAGGAGAAUUUGCUUAAACUGUUUGAAAAAAUGCGUAACUAUCAACUGGAUGAAAUUAUGAAAAAUCCGGACGCGCCGCUGCCGGAUAAUAUGCGAUUGAUCAAGGAUGAUGACAUUGAGCGGCUGAAAAAUGUACAGACAAGUGAGGAGCUUAACGAUGUCUAUCAUCAUUUUAUGUUAUAUUAUUCUCACGAGAUUCCGGCGAUGCAGGAAGCUGUGCGGCAGAAGGAGAAAGAGGCGCGACGCGAAGAAAGGAUCCAGCGACGCAAACAACAGAUUGCCGAGGCGGAGGAGAACGGGGAAGAUCCGCCGGAGGAAGACGAGGCGCAGGAGGAAGAAGAGAUUGAUGACACACUGAAGCAAGCAGUGAGAAGUGGUCCGUAUUCCAUCUGUCGGAAGGCCGGCCUGGACGGUCUGGCGAAGAAAUUUGGUCUGACACCUGAGCACUAUGCCGAGAAUUUGCGGGACAAUUAUCAGCGUCACGAGGUGGAUCAAGAGCCAACCGAACCGACAACGAUCGCUAAUGAGUAUUGUAGUUCGCGAUUCAAGACCGCAGAAGAAAUAUUAAAGGCUGCUCAGUUGAUGGUGGCGAUCCAGCUUGCACGUGAGCCACUCGUGCGCAAAUGCGUGCGCGAGAUGUACAUGGAACGCGCUAAGAUCUCCGUGAAACCGACAAAAAAGGGCAUUAAGGAGAUCGAUGAGAAUCAUCCCAUUUACACUAUGAAAUACUUGAAAGACAAACCGGUGCGUGAUCUUGUGGGCGUGCAGUUUUUGAAUUUAGUGAUUGCGGAGGAGGACAAACUCAUCACGAUUACCCUCAGUGACUCAAUCGAAGGCAACACCAGCGGCAAUUACGUAGACGAGAUGAAACAACUCUAUUGUCGAGAUGAGUUCAGCAAACUCGUGCAGGAUUGGAACGCACUGCGCGUUGGUAGCGUCGAACUCGCACUUAACCGCAUGGUCAUACCGCAUCUGAAAAAGGAACUACGCACAAAUUUGAUCGCCGAAGCAAAGGAAUGUGUGAUGCGUGCAUGUUGCCGCAAGAUGUACAAUUGGAUCAAGGUUGCACCGUACAAUUGCGAGUUUCCUGAAGAAGAGGAUGAAGAAUGGGACACCAGUAAAGGUCUUCGCGUCAUGGGCUUGGCUUAUGUCCCCGAUUAUUCUCAGGCAGCUUUUACCUGUUUGGUCGCAGCUGACGGCGAGUGCACGGAUUAUCUGCGUCUGGCGCAUCUAAUGAAACGCAAGAAUAGUUAUCGCGAGGACGAAAAGAUGAUGAAGGAGGCCGACCUGCUAGCGCUGAAGAACUUUAUAGCCACGAAGAAGCCGCAUGUUAUAGUGAUUGCCGGUGAAUCCCGGGAGGCGAACAUGAUCGCUGACGACAUCAAGGAUUGCAUCACCAAUCUGACGGGGGAAGAGCAAUUUCCCAGUAUUCAGGUAGAAAUCUGUGACAAUGAGCUUGCGAAGAUCUAUUCCAAUAGUAACAAGGGUAUUUCGGAAUUUCGGGAUUAUCCGGAACUGUUGCGCCAGGCAAUUUCGCUGGCAAGAAGAAUGCAAGAUCCGCUAGUAGAAUUUUCGCAAUUAUGCACUGCGGAUGAGGAAAUUCUCUGCCUCAGGUAUCAUAGUUUGCAGGAUCAGCUAUCUAAAGAAGAGUUACUGGAAAAUUUGUAUUUGGAGUUCGUCAACCGCGUGAACGAGGUCGGCGUAGAUGUGAACAAAGCAGUUCAACAAGCGUACUGCGGCAAUCUCGUUCAAUUUGUUUGCGGUCUUGGCCCGCGAAAGGGUCAAGCGUUAAUUAAAAUGCUGAAGCAGACGAAUCAGCGACUGGAGAACAGAACGCAAUUAGUUACGGCAUGUCACAUGGGACCGAAAGUGUUCAUCAAUUGCGCAGGCUUCAUCAAAAUUGACACCAACAGCCUUGGUGACAGUACCGAGGCGUACGUGGAAGUGCUCGAUGGCUCGCGCGUGCAUCCCGAAACUUACGAGUGGGCUAGAAAAAUGGCAGUUGACGCACUAGAAUAUGAUGAUGAAGACGCUAAUCCCGCCGGUGCUCUUGAAGAGAUACUUGAAUCACCAGAGCGUCUGAAGGACUUGGAUCUCGACGCUUUUGCGGAGGAGCUUGAGCGGCAGGGUUUCGGCAACAAAUGUGUCACUUUGUACGAUAUCAGAGCCGAAUUGAAUAGCCGUUAUAAGGAUCUCCGCAUACCGUAUCAAUCGCCAAACGCAGAGAAGUUAUUCGACAUUCUGACAAAAGAGACACCUGAAACUUUCUACGUCGGUAAACUAGUACUGGCCACAGUGGUCGGCAUCAGUCACCGGAAACCGCAGGGCGAUCAACUCGAUCAGGCAAAUCCAGUGCGAAAUGAAGAAACUUGCCUAUGGCAAUGUCCGUUCUGCUUGAAAAACGAUUUUCCCGAAUUGUCGGAGGUAUGGAAUCACUUUGAUGCCGGAGCCUGUCCAGGCAAGGCCGUCGGCGUGAGAUUGCGACUGGACAAUGGUAUAUCUGGCUAUAUCCAUAUCAAAAACUUAUCGGAUCGACACGUUGCAAAUCCCUGCGAAAGAGUCGGUAUGGGACAGAUUAUCCAUUGUCGUAUUAUUAAAAUCGAAGUUGAUCGAUUCAGCGUCGAGUGCACUAGCAAGAGUAGCGAUCUAGCAGACAAAAACCAUGAAUGGAGACCGCAAAGGGAUCCAUUUUAUGAUACUGAAGCUGAGCAGAAGGAUAUGAAGGUAGAGGAAGACGCAAAGAAAGCGAAACAGCGGCAAAUUUACGUGAAACGCGUAAUUGUCCAUCCAUCUUUCCAUAACAUUAGUUUCGCCGAGACCGUGAAACUAAUGCAGACGAUGAAACAAGGCGAAGCGAUAGUAAGACCGAGCAGCAAAGGUGCUGAUCAUUUGACAGUCACAUGGAAGGUCACCGACGAUAUCCUGCAACACAUUGACGUUCGCGAGGAAGGCAAAGAGAAUGCCUUUUCAUUGGGACAGAGUCUUUGGAUCGGUAAUGAGGAGUUCGAGGAUUUGGAUGAGAUUAUUGCUCGACACGUUAAUCCUAUGGCUGCUUAUGCCUCCGAACUGCUAGAUUUUAAAUAUUAUAAGCCAACCGUAGAGGGAAUUAAAGACAAAGCGGAGGAAGUAUUGAAGGAACAGAAGAAGGAAAACCCUGGUGGGAUUCCCUACAUAAUAUCGGCAGCUAGGACCUAUCCUGGAAAGUUUUUGCUCUCGUAUUUACCACGCACUCGUUGUCGUCAUGAAUAUGUCACAGUGACGUCCGAGGGCUUCAAAUUCCGCGGACAGAUGUUUGGUAGGGUGAGCGACUUGUUGCGCUGGUUCAAGGAACAUUUCAGAGAUCCGGUCCCUGGACAAUCCACUCCCAGUACACCACGCGGCGCGAUGACUUCUAGAACACCUUACACUGCUACACCGGGAGCAGUCAGCGGAAUGAAUCAAGAAGCAAUUCAACGAGUCGCGCAGAAUCUUCCACAUCACAUGCUACAUUCUCUGUCACAAGUGGCGAAUCAAACACCGCAUCAUUAUCCGCCACACACCCCGGGGACGGCUAGUGCCGCCGGUUACGGCGGAGUGCACACGUAUCCGAAUACACCAUACACACCGUCCGGUCAAACCCCAUUCAUGACCCCAUACCAAACGCCUCAUCAUACACCGCAUCAUGGCCAGCCUACUCCCAGAUAUGGUCAACAAACGCCAAGCCAUCAUCAAGGACCUUUCGUGCAUCCGCCACCACCUUCGAUGACACCCGGUCAUCACAGAUCCACUCAAUCGCACAGACCUACGCCACCCUUGUCCACUCCCUCCGGUGAUCCAACAGAUUGGAAGAAGGCAGCCGAAGCAUGGGCACGUCUAAAAAGUAAUCCUCGAGUCUCUGGAUCAACACCUAGAUACGAAGAAUCCAGGAAAACGCCACGUAGCUAUGAGGAAUCGAUUGGCAGAACCACACCCUCUGGAAGAAGCAGACCUUCAUCUACGCGAACUCCUUCGUAUAAAUCCCCGCGAGGUACCCCACACACAAAUUCUAGUCCACGAAGUAUGUCUCUCAGCGGAGACGGUACUCCUCUAUAUGAUGAAAGCUAACGGGGUCAUCUUGUGCAUAUAGUUGAUUAUAUUUAUUAGUUACGUCAUAUCACAUACAUACAUUAAACUAUGAUGUAAAUAUAAUAAAUAUUUACAUUGUGUAUUAAAUGGCAAACGCAUGUCGUCGACGAUUUUGGCAUCUGUUUUAUCGUUAGACAGGACAUUAAUCGCCCAUAAACUUAAUAUGUCAAUAUGCAUAUGAUAUAAGCAUAAUAAAUUUUUCAUCAAUUACACAAUAUAAUAGAUAUUGAAUAUACGAAAUUAUGCAAUUAUGAAUUAAUGUCGCAAUAAUUUUCUAAAGGCAUCUUAUAUUGAUAAAAUAAUAUUGGAAAAUGCUUAAAAAAAUAUCAAGCAUACUAAAAAUUGUAUUAUUGAUGCUGUUGAUACACACAUAUAUGAGAAACUGAUUGGUUAAUCGAAUUACUUAUCAUGUCAGCAGCGAUAGAGCUGCAUCUCUUAAAUACGAGUGCAUUAUGUAUAUUCAAAUAAUCUUCAUAUAUCAUAUAUCAAGACAAUUUUAAAAAAUAUUACAUAUUUGCUUGAAACCGCUAAAUAGCCUAUCUAUUUAAUAUUGUCUGCUUGUUACGAAUACACAUUUCCUUAUGUAAAAUGUAUAAAAAUCUACAUAUUAUAUGGUUAUUUGUGUAAAAUAGAAACAAAUGACUUUUA